AUGCGAACAGUACUACCUGGCAAGCCCCAGGCCAAGCUUCAAGCUGUUUGUACCGCGCUAUGGGAAGGCCAACGCCUUGUGGCCUAUAUCUCGGGCAAUGCCUUAGUGAUCCUCGGCGGCCCUCAGAGUCUUAUCCAGACGAUAUACGAUGACCAGCUCCUGGCCCUGGAGGCUGUGGUGAUCGAUGAAACUACGGGGAAGAUAGCUAUAUGUAGCUCAGCAAAGGUCCAUAUCUACAAGCCAUACGGGAAGAAAGAGGGUGCUUUGAAGUGGUCAUUCCAGUCCUCGUUACAGGUUCCGAGCCAAUGUAAUAGUACAUUGACACUAUCAUGGGGGUCGGAGGAAGAGCUAUUGAUUGGGUCCUCUUCUCUGGAACUUUACCAAACCGUGGAUGAGGAUGCUUUGAUUUGGAGUCGCAGUCUCCCCAGGCCUGUCAAGAUCGCAAGCUUCUCCUACGACGCCAGUCUCAUUGCCUCAACCGGUUAUCACGAUCGGCUGAUCAAAAUAUGGCGAAGGCAGUCUUUCGGCUCAGAUGACACACGCUUUGACUUCACCUACCUCGCUCACCCUACAGCAGUGACGCAUAUCCACUGGCGCAGGCCUCACGACCGCCAACAAACCCUUGACCAUGUACUUUUCUCAAUAUGUGCCGAUAGUAAGGUCAGAGUAUGGGCAGCUACAGAUCCACAUGGGCUGCAGGCUUUGCAAAUUUGGGCGGAGAUAGAUAUGCAAGAGGCCAUACAGCCCCGACAGAUCGAGACUCCUCACCAGUCUCGCGAACGCUAUGCAUUCAUGAUUGAUAGCGAAGACUUUAGGUUCGCAACUGAACGAGCGGUACAAGCAGCCUCUAGCGACCGUCAACGGGAACACCAUGCUUUGGAACACUUGCUAGAAGUUGCUAAGACAAGCCCUGAAUUAUGCAUUGUUGUGGAUCGACGCGGUAAUAUGUCUGCAUGGGGAUUAGAGAACGUGGGCUGUAAAGCUCGGAAAAACACCGACAAAUUCAACAUUGCCCAUGUCGAGAACGUCAAGCUUUCGUUCUUACAAGACGUGAACCCCGAGCAAGACAACAUUCAGUUUCUUACCUUUUGUAGCCAGGAGGCCGACUCACCAUUCACUCUUCUUGUGCAUCACUUUGAUGGAAGGAUCAUGUGGUAUGGAAGCAAUCUCGAGAAACUCUUUGAUCCUUCUCCGCGUCAGCAACGACUAAAGCCAAAGGCAUUAUGGACAGGUCAUGAUGGGUCGGUCAAGAAGAUUGUACGCAGUGGAAGCGGCAAAGCUCUCAUAUCUCGCACCAACGAUAAUGAAGGGUUAAUUUGGAAGCAAGGAAAUGAUAGAUCAGGCAUGGCUCUAACUCGAACAAGCUCUCUCAGCUGCCCAGAGCAUAUACAUCGAUCAUGCUUGCUACGGGAGGGAGAUUUCGUCAUCAAUCUGCACCAUCACAGUAUAUCACUUUGGGACGCAAGAUCUCCUGUCGCUCAGCUUGCGGUCUCUUGCGCUCUUCAAGCCGAAGGAAAGCCAUUGUGUCUCAUACCGCUACCAAAGUCGGACACUAAGUCUCUUUGUCACUACGUGGCCACCAUCACUUCCAUGAUGGAAGCCAUUGUUUGGAAGGUCAACUUACCACCCAGAUCUCAACGGCACCUUGACGAAGACUUGAUUCCUUCCAUGGAAUCAUUCUGCGCCUCCGAGUUAGGAAUGCAGGAUGACCUUGCAUUUGUCUUGCCAGUAGAUCCAGCUGGCUCUCUUUCUGCUGCAUCCGACUUUCUGGACACUUUCGCCAAAGACUUAGCCAUAUCAUAUACCGACAGUGGUGUACUGUGUGCUUGGACCGCUACGCUUGAUCUUGAUAAGGGAUCUGUCAACUGGCUCAUCACGUCGACUACUGAAACUGGCAUCAACAAGCCGUCACUGGCGAGCGGAAGCUCGAUUAGGAAGAUCGCGGUUGUCGAUAGCGCAAAGACCGGACUGACGAUAUGGGAUUCUUGGAGUGGUCAGCUGGAAUUCGAUGCUAAAUAUGGGUCAUCUGAUUCAAUACAGGACCUUGACUGGUCGUCAACGCCUGACGAGCAAUCAAUUCUUGCUGUUGGCUUUCCGUACAAGGUCAAGAUCCUGGCUCAGAUGCGUUAUGACUACCUGAACGCAGGCCCUGCUUGGGUAUCCAUACGAGAAAUUCACAUCAAAGAUCUCACCUCGCAUCCCAUUGGAGACAGCACCUGGCUAGGGAGCGGUAAUCUCAUCAUUGGAGCUGGGAAUCAGCUAUACAUUUAUGACAAAGCUGUGAACACAUCAAAUGACAAGAUCAUGGAUCUUUCAAUACCAGUACACCAGCACCAAUCACUGAGCAUUUUCGACUUGGUCACUUACCUUAACGGGCCACUCCCAGUCUUUCAUCCUCAAUUUCUUGCCCAAUGCAUUCUUGCGGGCAAGUUAGACCAGGUGCAGCGGAUUAUCAUAGGGCUUUACAAGGCUUUAAAAUUCUUUGUUACAGGUGACGACCUAGACAGUUUUGUGACUAUGAGACCCAGCGAUUUCUAUACCGAACAAGAGGGCUUUUCCUACGCAGCGAAAAAGGAGAUGCGAUCGUCGUACGCGGAUUUUGUUAACGACGAUGAGCCAGAGACUGUCACUGAAGAGCUAGCUGCUUCGCUGAACGAGAAUCUUGCCAAGCUAGCUAUUCCACAGCUCUCGAGCCACGAACAAUUAUACCUAGCUGACAUCAUUGAGUGCGUUGCCACAGCCGAGAAACAACGACGCUCGAUGGAUGAGAAUGCCAUGCGCUACCUUCUUUUCUUCCGGCAACAUAUAGUUAGGAAGAGCCAAGCCCCUGCCACUCAAGUGAGCAUUACUUGGAGAGAGAUCAUCUGGGCAUAUCACAGCGGCAGCCAAGACAUACUGGUCGAUUUAGUCUCCAGACAAUUUCAUGGCAGGUUGCUCUGGGAGCAAGCGAGGGAGAGUGGAAUGUUCAUGUGGAUGACUGAUCUGACCGCACUUCGAGCCCAAUUCGAAGUCAUAGCCCGCAACGAAUACACAAAGACAGACGAAAAGAACCCGAUUGAUUGCAGCCUAUACUAUUUAGCGCUCAAGAAGAAAAGCGUUCUUGUCGGACUGUGGAGGAUGGCGGCCUGGAACCGCGAGCAGUCCGGGACCCAGAAGCUACUACGCAAUGACUUCUCGGAAGCUCGGUGGAAGACUGCGGCGUUGAAGAAUGCUUAUGCACUUCUAGGCAAACGCCGGUUUGCAGAAUAUGCUGCGGCCUUCUUCCUCCUCGCAGGCAAUCUCCAGGACGCCAUCAACGUGUGCGCUAAUCAACUCCAUGACCUACAGCUUGCCAUUGCGGUUGCCCGUGUCUACGAUGGUGACGACAGCUUGGUACUUCGUUCGUUACUAGAAGAGAGGGUGCUACCACAAGCCGCCUUCGAAGGUAAUCGAUGGCUAGCGACAUGGGCCUUCUGGAUGCUCGGCCGGCGCGACAUGGCUGUCCGUGUCCUAAUCUCGCCUGUUUACACUCUAAUCAACUCCCCCGAAGCCCCCAAUUUGCAGUCCAAGUCCUACCUUUCAAGCGAUCCAGCAUUGGUGGUUCUUUACAAGCAGCUCCGAGGAAAGACUUUGCAAGCACUCAAAGGUGCAUCAAAGGUUUCACCACGUGCGGAAUGGGAUUUCGUCAUUCAGAACGCGCGGCUUUACGAUCGUAUGGGCUGCGAUCUGCUCGCACUGGACUUGGUGCGCAAUUGGGAAUUUCUCCGGCAACCAAAAGAAACGACUACGAAUGGGACUCAUCUUCCUGACCCGCGCAACAUGCUCCGACGGAGAAGCAGCAUUGUGGUUGAUGACACGCCGAGCCCGAGGUCACCUACAGAGCAGAAGAUGAAGCCGAUGGGGAAGCCAGCGCCUACGGUCUUUGAGGAGCCGAGUACUAAUAGUCUGCUGGAUAGCUUUGGGUUUUGA